AUGCUCCGAACCAAAAGUAGCCAAUCUUACAAUCCUAUGGAUCAAAAUUCCAACACCAAUCCCAACCCAGCACAAACAAGCCUUCAACAGCAACUGUACCAGCUUUCCCAAACUGUGGACACGGUAGUGCGAAGGUUGGAUGUCAUGGAUGUCCGACGGCACUACGAUGAUGUUGUAAUGGAAGGAGUCAAUCUUGAAGAAGAGCGAUUAGAAGCUACUACACUCCCUAGCCGCGUCAUUCAGCAAGUUCGAGCAAGGAAGCACACCUUACCCCGUAUCGUAUUAGCUGGAUAG